AUGGCACCGCCUCCACCUAUAGUGAUCGAUUCACAAGCUGUCAGUGGAAUUACAGGAUCCAUUUCUUUGGCAUGCUGGAUUAUUGUCUUUGCUCCACAGAUAUAUGAGAACUUUAGAAGAAAGUCAUCUGAAGGUUUAUCGCUUCUGUUCAUUAUAUUGUGGUUGUUAGGAGACCUUUUCAACGUAUUAGGAUCCAUAUUACAGGGAGUAUUGCCAACUAUGAUUAUACUAGCAAUCUAUUAUACCUUGGCAGACAUAGUAUUAUUAGGUCAAUGCUUGUUAUAUGGAAAUGGAGAGAAGACCGAUUUAAUUCACUUGUCACCAGCAAACCCAAUGAGUGAAGAUGUUUUAGAAACAGUUUUGUCAAGUGACGGUCGUGGGAGAGUUACUGACGAGGACUUAGAGGAAGAAAGAAGAGAAGAAGCAGACCUAGAAGGAGGUAACAGUGAACUUGGCGAUUAUGAUUUUACCAAAUCAUCUUCAACGACAAGCUCGGCAAUUAAAAACGCUUUGUUUAAGUCAUUUUUGGUUGUAUUGGUGAUUUUAGCUGGUUUGGUAGGUUGGUAUGUCUCGAACAAGAAUAACUCAAAGAAAGGCGGAGACCACAAACCAGACAAGUUAGUUUACGACCCCUUAGCCCAGCUUUUCGGCUGGUUGUGCGCUUUCCUUUAUCUUGGUUCUAGAAUCCCCCAGAUUGUCUUGAAUUUUGAGAGAAAAUCUUGUGAAGGAAUUUCUUUUAUGUUCUUUUUGUUUGCCUGCUUGGGUAAUUUGACUUAUGUCAUUUCGAUUUUGGCUAUAGAUACAAGUCUUCAAUAUUUAUGGGUCAACUCCUCGUGGUUGGCAGGUUCACUUGGAACUCUCGGUUUGGACUUUACAAUUUUUGUCCAGUUCUUCAUAUACAAUGAAGAAGGGGACGAGGAAGACUCAUCAGAAGAGCUGAGCUUACUUAGAAGGGUCGAUGAGCCGCAAUAUGGAACCCUCACAUAA